AAAAUCUCGGUCUAACUAAUCGGCAAUGCAAGCCAUUCAUCCAUCCACUCCCCCAGAUGCAUGUUGAUGCGCAGACUCUUUAUCUACUAUGUAUGUACAGUAUGUACGGGAAACUAAGGUACAGAUCUCGAGUGAGACAGGAACGGAAAUCUCAAGACAAGCAAAGCAAGAGAAGACAAACGGUUCUCCCACACCACUACGGAGUACACGACAUCCACAUCCACAUCCACCCGCUAGUUAUUGCCUGCAGUCACAGCCGUGCCACUAACAGAGAGUAACUACCAUAUCCACCCACACGCACACAUUUCCA